UUGAACUGGGGAGCAAAAGCAAUGCAGAGGCUAAAGACGAAGUGAGUGCACGGCUUACGCGAACAAUUUUAAAGGAUGAAGAAACAUUCAGCGAGAGUGGCACCUUUAGCAUCUUACAGUGUCUCUGAAUUAAAUUCAGCAAUACCGGAUGGUGCCUCACGAUCAUCGGUCACCCGAUGCAAGCCGGGAGUCAACUGCCCCAGCACGCGCAGCGGCAUCAGUAGGCAGCUCUCCCCUUUAUCUGCUGUGGAAGACUCUUCUGCUCCCAUUCUUGAGCUGCAGAGUCGAAGCCCCUCUGGAGUCUGCCGGCACAGCAGAGUCGAGGGGCAGAUCCGAUCAGGAGAAGAAGGGACACAAAACAACACCGAGAACAACAGCCAAGAAAACCAAGCACAGACCCGGUGUCAAUCUUGUACAUCUACAUUUCUUAAGGUUGUCUGGGGAUUUCUAAUAAUCUUGUCAGUCUCCUCCUCUUGGGUUGGAACCACACAGAUUGUGAAAAUCACAUAUAAGAACUUUGAUUACCCAUUUUUCAUGACUUGGUUUUCAACAAACUGGAACAUUUUGUUUUUCCCCGUUUAUUAUUCUGGGCACCUUGCAACUGCACAGGAAAAGCAGUCUCCCAUCAAAAAAUUCAGGGAAUGCAGUCGGAUUUUUGGUGAAGAUGGUCUGACGUUGAAACUCUUUCUUAAAAGGACUGCUCCCUUUUCUAUUCUGUGGACUUUGACUAAUUACCUGUAUUUACUGGCUUUAAAGAAGCUGACAGCCACAGACGUCUCUGCCCUGUUCUGUUGUAACAAAGCAUUUGUCUUCUUGCUUUCUUGGAUUGUGCUGAAAGACAGGUUCAUGGGCGUAAGGAUAGUUGCAGCAAUAAUGGCAAUCACAGGAAUUGUUAUGAUGGCAUAUGCAGAUGGUUUCCAUGGUGAUUCAAUUAUCGGGGUAGCAUAUGCUGUUGGAUCUGCAUCUACAUCUGCACUCUAUAAGGUCCUGUUCAAGAUGUUUCUUGGAAGUGCGAACUUCGGGGAAGCUGCUCAUUUCGUUUCGACUCUGGGCUUCUUCAAUUUAAUUUUCAUCUCGUUUACCCCGAUCAUACUGUAUUUUACCAAAGUGGAGUACUGGUCUCCCUUCUCUGCCGUGCCGUGGGGUUAUCUGUGCGGAGUGGCUGGCCUCUGGUUAGCAUUUAACGUAUUGGUGAAUGUUGGAGUUGUGCUGACGUACCCCAUCCUAAUUUCCAUCGGGACCGUGCUCAGUGUUCCUGGAAAUGCAGCUGUGGAUCUCCUAAAACAUGAGGUGAUCUUCAGUGUGGUACGGUUGGGUGCGACCAUCAUCAUCUGCACUGGGUUUUUGCUAAUGCUGCUGCCCGAAGAAUGGGAUGAAAUCACCCUGCGAUUCAUCAACAGCUUAAAGGAAAAGAAAAGUGAAGACCACGCAGAAGACAUCACAGACUCCAGUGUGCAUACAAGGAGUAGAAGUAGAGCCAAUGGGACAGUGUCUAUACCACUGGCUUAAAGCUGGUGACUAUUUAAUUGCACGUGAAUGUAUAUUCUGUGAAUAUAAUUUAAUUUUCUCACUACUUGUAUGCUAAAAUGACAGUAAUACUCUGAACUGGGGAUGAAUUAUAAAAUAAAUGAUAAACACAUCAAUAAUAAAUGUUUACAUUUAUACACUUACAAAGGAACAGGUGUAAAUAACCACAAUAAAUUGUUUUGUAAAGAAACGUUAAUCUACAUACUAUUUAGUUGCCUUUUUUAAAAAAAACCAUUUCCGCUGUGCAACUUCACAGCUGUGCUUUUGUUAGCAAAAAGGGGAGGGGUAAAGCCUUCAAAGGCUUGAUUUGUAUGUUUGUUUAGUUCCAGCCUGCAUCUGUAUCAAAAGUUAUUAGACAUGC